AACUACCCGGUAGACUAAACUUCGCCCCCGGCUCCUGAUAAGACGGUAUGCUUCUAUCAUCGUGCAGCAUACUUUUAAAUCUUUGGAGAUGCGUUCCUAUUUCAAUUAUAAUUCGUUUUGAAUAUACCGGGGCACUUAUCAAUAACUGACAGAAUAUCUGAACUUAAAUUUCACUUUAAUUAAUGCAACAACGAGGGUUUUGCAUCACAAGUCGGCUUGAGAGGUUUUAUGAUAAAAUUCCUUGUUUUGAUAUACGUUUGUUCUAAUAACUAACGUUCAACGACGUAGGGCAGUAACGCAGUGUAUCUGUCACAAUUGACCCGGUAGUUUUUCAGUGGUAGAUGGACGCCUCACAAUGGCGUUUUCUAAAUCAGCUUUGCUGGUACUUCUGGCAUUAAUGUGUGAGCGGGCUGCCUAUUUUACAGUCGAAAACCACGUAAAUGAAUUAUGGACCAAGACUUCAAAUUCAAGCAACACAACCGAUGAUGCAGUAAUUGCACAUAUGAUGUUUGUAGGUGCAUCGGCGUGUUUUGGGAUAUUUGGUGGAGCCUUCGCUGAUGCAUUUCUUCAUCCAAUUCCAACGCUGGGAGUAGGGUAUGUUGUCUACAGUAUAGGUCUUGUUCUCCUGGAGUGUGCUGCAUAUGAAGCUAAGGCAAAUCUCUCGGCCGCCAGAGACCUUGUCAUAGCAGGACUUGUGAGUACAGCUUUGGGGCAGGGUUGUAUUGGGGCUGUGUUGCCAGUAGUGGGAGCUGCACAAGUGCCGAACGAAAAUAAUCGCAGACGAUUUAUUCACUGGUACUACGUAUGGAGAAAUGUCGGGGCCAUCAUCGCUGACACAUCAAGCGCCGUCUUUGACAAGGACGAGCUGUACGAUAAGUAUUGGAUAGCUCCGGUUUCAGGCGUUUUGUCUGACAUACUAGUUUUGACGGCCAUUUUGGUCAGAAAAAAGCCGCCGGAAGAGAACCGGCCGGACUCUACCUGCACUGAAGGCACAGCGCUGCCUAAUGUUUUGUCAUCGGCGUUUCAGUUAUGCAGAAACGGGUGCCUGUUGAGUACAUCAUAUCGUAGAAGGGAAAAUAUCUCACGGAGGUCGAAUUUAAGAGCAGUUUUUAGGAUUCUGUUGGUUAAUUCUGCUGUCGUUGGGUUUGGAUUUCUUUACUUGCCGAUACUUACAGUCUACGAGAUGCAAGCAUCUGGUCUUAACGGUAACAUAACUGGGGAUAAGUUCGAGUUUCCAUCUCCUUCGACUCAGCUUAUCUUGUUUAAUGAGGUCGUCAUCGUUUUUGUCAUCCCUUUUACCCUAUACUGUCUUUAUCCACGAAUAUGGCCCCGCGGCGGACCGCAUUAUAUAUCAAAGACAUCUAUUGGCGUGGUGUUCUCCAUCAUAUCCGGGUUAGUAGCCAUCGUUCUGGAGACAGUUCGGAAAAAUUACAGCAAACACAACCACGGCUGUUCCACAAUCAGUAUAUUUGCCCAAGGACCUCAAUAUACUUUGAUUGCACUCGCUGAAGUUUUCACGCAGCUUACAGUGAUGGAGUACUCUUAUAUGGAAGCCCCCGAUGGAAUAAAGUGCUUUAGCAUGGGCCUACACCAGACGGCGCUGGGCCUUUCAUAUUUUAUUGCAGUUGGAAUUGAAGCGUUGGUGACAGAAACUCAGCCAGGCUGGCAUUUGUUUGAUGUGGAAGACAUCUGUUUUGGCGCAUCUCAUUUGGAAUGUUUCUUGGGAAUAUUGGUCUUGUUAAACGUUGUUUUUUCGCUCAUCUUCCCACUGGUCACAAGAAUUCCACAGGAAAGGCCCGAUUACAUCAGACUGAUAUAAAAUUAAAGAAUAAAGGUCUAUGGUGAAAUUGGCAGAUCUUCAUCUUCGUACUGUAAACUAUUCAGGUUUCAGCAACAAUUGUUCAUGGAUGAUUCAAAACCGUGUCCUUCAUUCUGCAUGCAUUUUAUCAUUUCUUGCGAUAAUGUACCAGUUCUGCAUACGAUGAGGGCGAUGUUGGAAUACAUACUGUAUGUACACGUACAUGCAAUUGCAAUAUAAAAGAACUGGAGGCGAUGAGCCCGACAAAACAAGAUCCGCGUUAUCAAUUAGAUCUAACGUAAUUCAUGACGUAAUUGUCUAUUUUUUGGUAAUUUGUAUACGAACUUGAGGUGAAGAACCCUCCAAAAGAAGAUACGGAUUAUCAGUUACCGUAAUUAUACGUACUCGUCUAUUUCUUUGGUUAUUUGUACUCUGAACCAGUAUUUCACAC